AAGGAACGCUUCGAGGUGCUGGCCAUGUCUUCCCCUCGUGGCCGGGUGCACGUGGUGCCGCCUCUGCUGUCCAUGGUGGCGGUGUUUAUGGCGGCGGCGGUGAUGGUAGCGACGGCUCAGAUGUUCCGACCGGGCAUCAUGCAGCAAAACGACGACGAACACAUCAUCUCUCGACGCAGCCAGGAGUGCAGCGACAAGCAGACAGCCGACCUGUACCUGCUGGUGGACGGCUCCAGCAGCGUGGGGCCCCGCAACUUUCAUCUGGUGCUCAGGUUCCUCGCCAAGCUGGUGGACAAGCUGGACAUCGGCAAAGACAAGGUCCGCGUGGGCAUGGUGCAGUACAGUGGGAACAUGAGGAGCCCCAGGAUCAAGAAGGAGUUCAACAUGGGGCAGUACGCGGACAAGAAGAAGCUCAAGGCCGCCAUCCUGCGCACCAAAUACAUGCGCGGAUUCACGUUCACCGGAGCGGCGCUAAGGCACACUCUGCAGCUCUUCAAGAGGCAGGGACGCCCCGGAGUCGGCAAGAUCUUGGUGCUGGUGACGGACGGCGAGGCCAACGACAAGGUGAAGGACCCCUCGGACGAGGUGAAGUCGAGCGGCAUCGUCCUCUUCUCCGUGGGCGUGGGCAAGGCGGACCGCAAAGAGCUGGCCCUCAUGGCGUCUCCGCCCGUCGACAAGCACAUGUUCCACGCCACCAACUUCGCCGGCCUCGACUCCAUCAUCACGACGCUCACCUCCACCGUCUGCACCGUCGUGCAGGAGGCCCAGACCCCGGCGCCGGUGACUGCGGCGACCCAGGCCGUCACCUUGCCGAGUAAAGGUGCGGGUGGUCUGUGCAGCGCCGUCUGCUUUCGUGACCUACUUGAUGCCUUUUCAAAAGUAUUUGUGGUUAACGCAGACUUGAUGCCUUUUCAAAAGUAUUUGAACAUCUUAACACCUCUAGUUUUAUUGACAGCACGUCCUACGCUAUUCCCCCCCACCUUCGAUAGAGCCACGUGCGAUUGUUUAUUAAAGCGCCUCACACGUGUCUCGGGAAGAGAUGCCAGGUUGGCCACCGCCCUGACCCUUGCUGGCCCCACUCUGGCACUCACAGAGUGCAGCGACAAGCAGACAGCCGACCUGUACCUGCUGGUGGACGGCUCCAGCAGCGUGGGGCGCCGCAACUUUCAUCUGGUGCUCAGGUUCCUCGCCAAGCUGGUGGACAAGCUGGACAUCGGCAAAGACAAGGUCCGCGUGGGCAUGGUGCAGUACAGCGGGAACAUGAGGAGCCCCAGGAUCAAGAAGGAGUUCAACAUGGGGCAGUACGCGGACAAGAAGAAGCUCAAGGCCGCCAUCCUGCGCACCAAAUACAUGCGCGGAUUCACGUUCACCGGAGCGGCGCUAAGGCACACUCUGCAGCUCUUCAAGAGGCAGGGACGCCCCGGAGUCGGCAAGAUCUUGGUGCUGGUGACGGACGGCGAGGCCAACGACAAGGUGAAGGACCCCUCGGACGAGGUGAAGUCGAGCGGCAUCGUCCUCUUCUCCGUGGGCGUGGGCAAGGCGGACCGCAAAGAGCUGGCCCUCAUGGCGUCUCCGCCCGUCGACAAGCACAUGUUCCACGCCACCAACUUCGCCGGCCUCGACUCCAUCAUCACGACGCUCACCUCCACCGUCUGCACCGUCGUGCAGGAGGCCCAGACCCCGGCGCCGGUGACUGCGGCGACCCAGGCCGUCACCUUGCCGAGUAAAGGUGCGGGUGGUCUGUGCAGCGCCGUCUGCUUUCGUGACCUACUUGAUGCCUUUUCAAAAGUAUUUGUGGUUAACGCAGACUUGAUGCCUUUUCAAAAGUAUUUGAACAUCUUAACACCUCUAGUUUUAUUGACAGCACGUCCUACGCUAUUCCCCCCCACCUUCGAUAGAGCCACGUGCGAUUGUUUAUUAAAGCGCCUCACACGUGUCUCGGGAAGAGAUGCCAGGUUGGCCACCGCCCUGACCCUUGCUGGCCCCACUCUGGCACUCACAGAGUGCAGCGACAAGCAGACAGCCGACCUGUACCUGCUGGUGGACGGCUCCAGCAGCGUGGGGCGCCGCAACUUUCAUCUGGUGCUCAGGUUCCUCGCCAAGCUGGUGGACAAGCUGGACAUCGGCAAAGACAAGGUCCGCGUGGGCAUGGUGCAGUACAGCGGGAACAUGAGGAGCCCCAGGAUCAAGAAGGAGUUCAACAUGGGGCAGUACGCGGACAAGAAGAAGCUCAAGGCCGCCAUCCUGCGCACCAAAUACAUGCGCGGAUUCACGUUCACCGGAGCGGCGCUAAGGCACACUCUGCAGCUCUUCAAGAGGCAGGGACGCCCCGGAGUCGGCAAGAUCUUGGUGCUGGUGACGGACGGCGAGGCCAACGACAAGGUGAAGGACCCCUCGGACGAGGUGAAGUCGAGCGGCAUCGUCCUCUUCUCCGUGGGCGUGGGCAAGGCGGACCGCAAAGAGCUGGCCCUCAUGGCGUCUCCGCCCGUCGACAAGCACAUGUUCCACGCCACCAACUUCGCCGGCCUCGACUCCAUCAUCACGACGCUCACCUCCACCGUCUGCACCGUCGUGCAGGAGGCCCAGACCCCGGCGCCGGUGACUGCGGCGACCCAGGCCGUCACCUUGCCGAGUAAAGGUGCGGGUGGUCUGUGCAGCGCCGUCUGCUUUCGUGACCUACUUGAUGCCUUUUCAAAAGUAUUUGUGGUUAACGCAGACUUGAUGCCUUUUCAAAAGUAUUUGAACAUCUUAACACCUCUAGUUUUAUUGACAGCACGUCCUACGCUAUUCCCCCCCACCUUCGAUAGAGCCACGUGCGAUUGUUUAUUAAAGCGCCUCACACGUGUCUCGGGAAGAGAUGCCAGGUUGGCCACCGCCCUGACCCUUGCUGGCCCCACUCUGGCACUCACAGAGUGCAGCGACAAGCAGACAGCCGACCUGUACCUGCUGGUGGACGGCUCCAGCAGCGUGGGGCGCCGCAACUUUCAUCUGGUGCUCAGGUUCCUCGCCAAGCUGGUGGACAAGCUGGACAUCGGCAAAGACAAGGUCCGCGUGGGCAUGGUGCAGUACAGCGGGAACAUGAGGAGCCCCAGGAUCAAGAAGGAGUUCAACAUGGGGCAGUACGCGGACAAGAAGAAGCUCAAGGCCGCCAUCCUGCGCACCAAAUACAUGCGCGGAUUCACGUUCACCGGAGCGGCGCUAAGGCACACUCUGCAGCUCUUCAAGAGGCAGGGACGCCCCGGAGUCGGCAAGAUCUUGGUGCUGGUGACGGACGGCGAGGCCAACGACAAGGUGAAGGACCCCUCGGACGAGGUGAAGUCGAGCGGCAUCGUCCUCUUCUCCGUGGGCGUGGGCAAGGCGGACCGCAAAGAGCUGGCCCUCAUGGCGUCUCCGCCCGUCGACAAGCACAUGUUCCACGCCACCAACUUCGCCGGCCUCGACUCCAUCAUCACGACGCUCACCUCCACCGUCUGCACCGUCGUGCAGGAGGCCCAGACCCCGGCGCCGGUGACUGCGGCGACCCAGGCCGUCACCUUGCCGAGUAAAGGUGCGGGUGGUCUGUGCAGCGCCGUCUGUGACAAGCAGACGGCCGACCUGUACCUGCUGGUGGACGGCUCCAGCAGCGUGGGGCGCCGCAACUUUCAUCUGGUGCUCAGGUUCCUCGCCAAGCUGGUGGACAAGCUGGACAUCGGCAAAGACAAGGUCCGUGUGGGCAUGGUGCAGUACAGUGGGAACAUGAGGAGCCCCAGGAUCAAGAAGGAGUUCGACAUGGGGCAGUACGCGGACAAGAAGAAGCUCAAGGCCGCCAUCCAGGGCACCAAAUACAUGCGCGGAUUCACGUUCACCGGAGCGGCGCUACGGCACACUCUGCAGCUCUUCAAGAGGCAGGGACGCCCCGGAGUCGGCAAGAUCUUGGUGCUGGUGACGGACGGCGAGGCCAACGACAAGGUGAAGGACCCCUCGGACGAGGUGAAGUCGAGCGGCAUCGUCCUCUUCUCCGUGGGCGUGGGCAAGGCGGACCGCAAAGAGCUGGCCCUCAUGGCGUCUCCGCCCGUCGACAAGCACAUGUUCCACGCCACCAACUUCGCCGGCCUCGACUCCAUCAUCACGACGCUCACCUCCACCGUCUGCACCGUCGUGCAGGAGGCCCAGACCCCGGCGCCGACGCCACCGCCCGGUCCAUUCGCCAAGCUGGACGUGAUCUUCGCCAUCGACGGCUCGGCCGGCGUCGCGGCCGCCGACUUCACGCUCAUGAAGGGCUUCGUCGCGCAGAUCGUGCAGGGCCUCAGCGUCGGGGCGGCGCAGGUCCGCGUGGGGCUGGUGCAGCUGAGCGGCAAGCAAGGGUCCGAGUUCAAGCUGGGGCAGUUCUCCAGCCGGCAGGAGGUGGUCGCCGCCGUGGGGAAGGUCUCCGCGCACGGCGGCGGCAGGGCCAUCGGCGCCACCGUGCAGUUCGCGCUCGCCACCGCCUUCUCGCAGGCAGAGGGCGGCAGGGCCGGGGAGGGAGUGCCGCAGGUGCUGGUCAUCAUCACGGGCGGCGCCUCGUCUGACGCCGUGGCCCACUACCGUGGCCUGUUGCGAGCCCAUGGGGUGCGCUCCUUCGUCAUCGGCAUCGGCGCCUUCCAGCUGCUGGACCUGCAGCGCCUGCCCAGUGACCCCAUCGGCCUGCACCUCUACGCCGUGGGCGGCUACGCGCAGCUGUUGGGCAUCGCCGGCCAGGUCACCUCCGUCAUCGUAAGGCCAGCGAUAUCCCUGGACUUGGUGUUCAUGGUGGACGGCUCUCUGGGCGCUGCGUGGGGGGCCGUCAGGGCCUUCGUGUCCCACCUGCUCCUCUACGUGCAGGGCGGCGGGGGUGUCCUGCGCGUCGCGUUUGUCCAGUUCGCUGGCGAUGUCACCGUCGAGCUCUACCUGGACCAGGGCACGGAGGUGGCUGCGGUGCUCGCCAAGCUGCAGUCCGUGCAGCAGCUGUCGGGCGCCGGUGGACGCAACCUGGGCAAGGCGGUGAGCUUCGUGGGCGGCACGGUGCUGUCGGCAGCCAAGGGCGGGCGCGGUGCUGCCGGCGUGAACCAGGUGGUGGUGCUGUUCGUGGCGGGCCCCUCCACAGACGAGCCGUCCCAGGCGCUGUACGCGCUCAAGGCGUCCGGCGUGCGGGUCCUGGCGCUGGACCUUGGCGGGCUGGCACUGGCUCAGCUGGGCGGCCUCGUUAGCACGCCCUUCAACCUGCACUACUACAAGCUGUCGGGCGGAGCGCAGGUGCUGCCGCUCGCACUGGGCAGGAUCCUCCACACCUCGCUCUAUGCAGGUGUGACGCGCGGCGCCCAGUACGCCGACAUCGUCUUCUACCUGGACAGCUCGGCCACGCUGGGCGCGGCCGGCUUCGUGUCCCUCAAGGCGUUCCUCGUGCAGGUGCUCUCCUACCUGCAGGUGGGGCGCUACACGGUGCGCGUGGCGGUCGUGCAGGUGGGCGGCGCGCCCGUCGCGGCCUUCCAGUUCAACUCGCACUCCGAGAGGAGCGCCCUCGUCGCUGCCGUCUCGCAGCUCAAGGCGGUGGGCGGGGCCAGGAACGUGGGCGCGGCGCUCUCCUUGGGCUACACGACCUACUUCUCGCAGGCAUCCGACGCCGGCCUGCAGCCUGCCCAGGUGGGGAUCCUGCUGACGGGCGGCGCGUCGGCCGACAACGCGGCCAAGGCCGCGGCACAGCUCCAGGCGAGCGGCGUGCGCCUCUUCGUGGUGGGCGUGGGAUCCGGCGUGGACCAGGCCCUGAUCCAGGGCGUGGCGUCGUUCCCGUACGCUCUGCACUCCUUCACGGUGUCGGACUACACGGGGCUCAGCAAAGUCGUCGUUACCAGCCUCGUCAAGUACAUCUUCCGGCCCGUGGUCUCCGGCGACCUCGUGUUCCUGAUUGAUGGCUCGACAAGUGUGGAGCAGCAGACGUUCCACUUGAUCAAGAAGUUUGUGGAACGGAUCAUCACAAAUUACUACUACAUAGGGGGCUCUCUGCGGGUGGCCGUCUACCAGUUCGGCGGUGCGGGCCGCCUCGAGGUACCCUUGGGCAAUCAGAAUGACGCCGACAGCCUCACGCACACCAUCAGCAACAUCGAGAAGGUCUCGGGGCCACGGAACCUGGGUGCAUCGCUCACCUACGUCCUUAGCAACAUCUACAAGGAAACCACCACCACCAAGCUCUCCCAGAGCAUCUUCAUCAUUUCCGGGGGGAAGUCGGACGACGACGUGACGGGGGCGGUGCAACUGCUGCGAGAGCGUGGGAUCACGGUGACGGGUGUGGGCCACACGUCGUCCCAGCUCGACGCCGUCGUCAGCACCUCGUCUCACUGGUUCAAGUUCACGGAAUCCGGCACCAUCCUCAAAAGCUUUUACAAUAUCAUCAGCGGUCUCUUCUUCACGGUGCCCGUCGUGCCGAUACCCAAGACCACGCAGGCUCCCACGACCACUACCACAACCACAACCAAAACAGCACCAACGACUACUACGCUAGCACCGACCACUCCAAAACCCACAACGAAGCCUGCUCCCGUCACCACGGUCGUUCCGGUGACUGUUCCGUCACCAUAUAGCAUCGGUGAAGUGCAUCAGUUAGCCAACGUGCACGAGUACCACCGGACAUGCCGUGAUCAUUAUUCUCGCCACUUUACAGACAAUCGCUACGGUGACGUGGUGUUCGUGGUGGACGGAUCUUCCGGCAUCUCGGCGGCCGACUUCGGGACCGUGCGGACGAUCGUCUCCCAGAUAAUUACGGGGCUGCAAGUGGGGCCGGACAACACGCGUGUUGCGCUCGUGACCAUUGGGGGCACUCCCAAAGUGGACAUCUUCCUAAACUCGUUAUCCGGAAAGGCCGAGCUGCUGACGGCCGUAGAAAAGUUGGUGCCGGUCGGAGGGCCGCUCAACCUGGGCGCAGCUCUGCAGGUGGUGGUCAACAGCGUCCUCAAGCCUGAGAAGGGCUCCCGCAUUCACCUUGGAGCUCCCACGAUGCUGGUGACGAUCCUUGGCGGCAAACCAGCCGACGAUGUUUCGGGGUCGGUGGUGACACUGAACGGGCUGGGGGUGCGUCACGUGGUGCUGUCGGGCGGAUACCAGGACACAAAGGUGCUGGACAGCAUCGCCACCUCCUCGCGCCUUGUCAAGACCUGGUCCUCAUUCCAGUCCAUCCUCAACUUCAACCUGGGCCAUUUCGUCUACAAGACAAAGGAAAAGGCGAGUGUGGUGUUUGUGGUGGACACAUCGACCAUCACAGCCGAUGAGCUCAAGGUGGUGAAGACAUUCAUCGUGGGUAUAGCCCAUCAUCUGAACCUGGCACCCGACAGCGUGCGUCUGUCCGUCGUGAGCUACGGAGCCAACUACCAGAAGCUGGUGGGUCCGGCAGAGAUCAACUCGCCCAAGCACCUGGAGGCCAAGCUGGGCAGUGUCCUCGUGCCUACGGGCGGAGCCACAAACACUGGCAAGGCCCUCACCUACACCAUCACUGACCUGCUGGCCAAGGAGCCUGCAGAUGUUAGCAAGAGCGUGGUGCUGAUAACGAGCGGACCUUCGAGUGACUCCGUGGCCCCCAUCCCGGAGCUGCUGCAGAAGCACGUGGUGAGCCUGUUUGCAGUGGGCGUGAAGUCCAGCGACGUCAAGCAGCUCCAGACGCUCGUGUCCCGUGGAGGAUACUACUACCAGCUCUCGGACUACUCGCUGCUCUCAAUGAUCCAUAGCCAGAUCAUCAUCAAAGCCCUCUACCUGCCUGCCAUUCAACAGGCCGUCACAACUACGGUGGUGACAAACGAGUUCCAGUACAAGUUGGUACCAGGCAACCGUGACGCGGACGUGGUGUUCGUGGUGGACGGCUCAUCCGAAGUGUCAGACGCCAACUUCGCGCUAGUGCGGACGAUCGUCUCCCAGAUAAUUGCGGGGCUGGACGUGGGGCCGGACGCGACUCGCGUCGCACUGGUGACCGUGGGGGGCACACCCAGAGCGGAUAUCUCAUUCAACUCGUUCCCUGGAAAGGCCAAGCUCCUGGCCGCGGUGGGAAAGCUGGCGCCGGCUGGGGGACCGCGCAAUCUGGGAGCGGCUCUGCAGCUGGUGGCCAACAGCGUCCUGAAGCCUGACAAGGGCUCGCGCAGUCAAUUGGGCUCUACCACGAUCGUUUACACAAUUCUGGGUGGCAAGCCCGCUGACGAUGUGACCGCGGGAGCAUCCCUGCUGCGUGGUAUGGGCGUGCUCGUGUCCGCGUUCGGAGCCGGCUACAAGGACUCCAGUGUGCUGUCCAGCAUCGCCACCUCCAGCUCACAGGUGUUCACCUGGUCCAGCUUCCAAGACCUGGUCACCAAGAGCAGCUCCCUCACGGGGAACAGCCUCUACCUGCCGAAGAGGAAAGCAAGUGUGACGUUUGUGGUGGACACAUCGAGCACCAUCACGGCCGAUGAACUCAAGGUGGUGAAGACAUUCAUCGUGGGCAUGGCCAAUCGCCUGAACCUGGCACCCGACAGCGUGCGUCUGUCCGUCGUGAGCUACGGAGCCGACUACCAGAAGCUGGUGGGUCCAGCAGAGAUCAACUCGCCCAAGCACCUGGAGGCCAAGCUGGGCAGUGUCCUCGUGCCCACGGGUGGCGCCACAAACACUGGAAAGGCCCUCACCUACACCAUCACUGACCUGCUGGCCAAGGAGCCUGAAGAUGCCACCAAGAGCGUGGUGCUGAUAACGAGCGGGCCUUCCAGCGACUCCGUUGCCCCCAUCGCGGAGCUGCUGCAGAAGCACGUGGUGAGCCUGUUUGCGGUGGGCGUGAAGUCCAGCGACGUCCAGCAGCUCCACACGCUCGUGUCCCGUGGAGGAUACUACUACCAGCUCUCAGACUACUCGCUGCUCUUCCGCCUGCAAGGCCAGAUGGUCAACAAGGUCCUCUACCUGCCUGCAAUCCAAAAGGCCACGACCACUAUUGUGGUGACAAAGGAGUCCCAGUACAAGGUGGUGCCAGGCAACCGUGACGCGGACGUGGUGUUCGUGGUGGACGGCUCAUCCGAAGUGUCGGACGCCAACUUCGCGCUAGUGCGGACGAUCGUCUCCCAGAUAAUUGCGGGGCUGGACGUGGGGCCGGACGCGACUCGCGUCGCACUGGUGACCGUGGGGGGCACACCCAGAGCGGAUAUCUCAUUCGACUCGUUCCCUGGAAAGGCCGAGCUCCUGGCCGCGGUGGGAAAGCUGGCGCCGGCUGGGGGACCGCGCAAUCUGGGAGCGGCUCUGCAGCUGGUGGCCAACAGCGUCCUCAAGCCUGACAAGGGCUCGCGCAGUCAAUUGGGCUCUACCACGAUCGUUUACACAAUUCUGGGUGGCAAGCCCGCUGACGAUGUGACCGCGGGAGCAUCCCUGCUGCGUGGUAUGGGCGUGCUCGUGUCCGCGUUCGGAGCCGGCUACCAGGACUCCAGUGUGCUGUCCAGCAUCGCCACCUCCAGCUCACAGGUGUUCACCUGGUCCAGCUUCCAAGACCUGGUCACCAAGAGCAGCUCCCUCACGGGGAACAGCCUCUACCUGCCGAAGAGGAAAGCAAGUGUGACGUUUGUGGUGGACACAUCGAGCACCAUCACGGCCGAUGAGCUCAAGGUGGUGAAGACAUUCAUCGUGGGCAUGGCCAAUCGCCUGAACCUGGCACCCGACAGCGUGCGUCUGUCCGUCGUGAGCUACGGAGCCGACUACCAGAAGCUGGUGGGUCCAGCAGAGAUCAACUCGCCCAAGCACCUGGAGGCCAAGCUGGGCAGUGUCCUCGUGCCCACGGGUGGCGCCACAAACACUGGAAAGGCCCUCACCUACACCAUCACCGACCUGCUGGCCAAGGAGCCUGAAGAUGCCACCAAGAGCGUGGUGCUGAUAACGAGUGGGCCUUCCAGCGACUCCGUUGCCCCCAUCGCGGAGCUGCUGCAGAAGCACGUGGUGAGCCUGUUUGCGGUGGGCGUGAAGUCCAGCGACGUCCAGCAGCUCCACACGCUCGUGUCCCGUGGAGGAUACUACUACCAGCUCUCAGACUACUCGCUGCUCUUCCGCCUGCAAGGCCAGAUGGUCAACAAGGUCCUCUACCUGCCUGCAAUCCAAAAGGCCACGACCACUAUUGUGGUGACAAAGGAGUCCCAGUACAAGGUGGUGCCAGGCAACCGUGACGCGGACGUGGUGUUCGUGGUGGACGGCUCAUCCGAAGUGUCGGACGCCAACUUCGCGCUAGUGCGGACGAUCGUCUCCCAGAUAAUUGCGGGGCUGGACGUGGGGCCGGACGCGACUCGCGUCGCACUGGUGACCGUGGGGGGCACACCCAGAGCGGAUAUCUCAUUCGACUCGUUCCCUGGAAAGGCCGAGCUCCUGGCCGCGGUGGGAAAGCUGGCGCCGGCUGGGGGACCGCGCAAUCUGGGAGCGGCUCUGCAGCUGGUGGCCAACAGCGUCCUCAAGCCUGACAAGGGCUCACGCAGUCAAUUGGGCUCUACCACGAUCGUUUACACAAUUCUGGGUGGCAAGCCCGCUGACGAUGUGACCGCGGGAGCAUCCCUGCUGCGUGGUAUGGGCGUGCUCGUGUCCGCGUUCGGAGCCGGCUACCAGGACUCCAGUGUGCUGUCCAGCAUCGCCACCUCCAGCUCACAGGUGUUCACCUGGUCCAGCUUCCAAGACCUGGUCACCAAGAGCAGCUCCCUCACGGGGAACAGCCUCUACCUGCCGAAGAGGAAAGCAAGUGUGACGUUUGUGGUGGACACAUCGAGCACCAUCACGGCCGAUGAGCUCAAGGUGGUGAAGACAUUCAUCGUGGGCAUGGCCAAUCGCCUGAACCUGGCACCCGACAGCGUGCGUCUGUCCGUCGUGAGCUACGGAGCCGACUACCAGAAGCUGGUGGGUCCAGCAGAGAUCAACUCGCCCAAGCACCUGGAGACCAAGCUGGGCAGUGUCCUCGUGCCCACGGGUGGCGCCACAAACACUGGCAAGGCCCUCACCUACACCAUCACCGACCUGCUGGCCAAGGAGCCUGAAGAUGCCACCAAGAGCGUGGUGCUGAUAACGAGCGGGCCUUCCAGCGACUCCGUUGCCCCCAUCGCGGAGCUGCUGCAGAAGCACGUGGUGAGCCUGUUUGCGGUGGGCGUGAAGUCCAGCAACGUCCAGCAGCUCCACACGCUCGUGUCCCGUGGAGGAUACUACUACCAGCUCUCAGACUACUCGCUGCUCUUCCGCCUGCAAGGCCAGAUGGUCAACAAGGUCCUCUACCUGCCUGCAAUCCAAAAGGCCACGACCACUAUUGUGGUGACAAAGGAGUCCCAGUACAAGGUGGUGCCAGGCAACCGUGACGCGGACGUGGUGUUCGUGGUGGACGGCUCAUCCGAAGUGUCGGACGCCAACUUCGCGCUAGUGCGGACGAUCGUCUCCCAGAUAAUUGCGGGGCUGGACGUGGGGCCGGACGCGACUCGCGUCGCACUGGUGACCGUGGGGGGCACACCCAGAGCGGAUAUCUCAUUCAACUUGUUCCCUGGAAAGGCCGAGCUCCUGGCCGCGGUGGGAAAACUGGCGCCGGCUGGGGGACCGCGCAAUCUGGGAGCGGCUCUGCAGCUGGUGGCCAACAGCGUCCUCAAGCCUGACAAGGGCUCGCGCAUUCAACUGGGCUCUACCACGAUCGUUUACACAAUUCUGGGUGGCAAGCCCGCUGACGAUGUGACCGCGGGAGCAUCCCUGCUGCGUGGUAUGGGCGUGCUCGUGUCCGCGUUCGGAGCCGGCUACAAGGACUCCAGUGUGCUGUCCAGCAUCGCCACCUCCAGCUCACAGGUGUUCACCUGGUCCAGCUUCCAGGACCUGGUCACCAAGAGCAGCUCCCUCACUGGGAACAGCCUCUACCUGCCGAAGAGUAAAGCAAGUGUGACGUUUGUGGUGGACACAUCGAGCACCAUCACGGCAGAUGAGCUCAAGGUGGUGAAGAAAUUCAUCGUGGGCAUGGCCAAUCGCCUGAACCUGGCACCCGACAGCGUGCGUCUGUCCGUCGUGAGCUACGGAGCCGACUACCAGAAGCUGGUGGGUCCAGCAGAGAUCAACUCGCCCAAGGACCUGGAGACCAAGCUGGGCAGUGUCCUCGUGCCCACGGGUGGCGCCACAAACACUGGCAAGGCCCUCACCUACGCCAUCACCGACCUGCUGGCCAAGGAGCCUGAAGAUGCCACCAAGAGCGUGGUGUUGAUAACGAGCGGGCCUUCCAGCGACUCCGUUGCCCCCAUCGCGGAGCUGCUGCAGAAGCACGUGGUGAGCCUGUUUGCGGUGGGCGUGAAGUCCAGCGACGUCCAGCAGCUCCAGACGCUCGUGUCCCGUGGAGGAUACUACUACCAGCUCUCAGACUACUCGCUGCUCUUCCGCCUGCAAGGCCAGAUGGUCAACAAGGCCCUCUACCUGCCUGCAAUCGUCAAGGCUGAGAAUAUGCAGGUGGUCAUAGACACGACCAAGCUGAUGGCGGACAAAACACGGAUCAUCGGAGGUGGAUCCAAGGGACUUAAAGCCAUCACCUGCACCACCACGGCCAAGGAAUUCCUGACGGACAGCGCCGCAGUGGUUUUCUGUCCUCCGGGAUGCCAAGCUGUCAAGGGCUACAAGGUCAAGGGCAGCUACAUCUACUCAUUGGACUCGAUGGUGUGCGUUGCUGCCGCGCACGCCGGCGUGGUCAUCCCGGAGGUGGGCGGUGUGGUGAGGGUGGUGAAGAAGCCGGGGGUCCUCUCCUUCGACGGCUCCGUGAUCAACAGCAUUUCGUCGCAUGCCGCACCCGGGGAGCCCCUCUCCUUCGUCUUCAAGGGCUGCCCCUGCGCUUAGACGUUUGGGGUCGGCCGCUCGCCACCCCCCCCCCCCCCGCCCCCUUCUCGCUUGGCCGGACGUCUCAGUCUGCCUUCAAACCGGCUCACGCGCGAGACGACCAUUGUCGGCAAUGGCAACUGAGCCACGGAUUCCCAGAUUUCGCGCGAGUCGCUCGGUCAUCGCUUAGACGUCGCAUCUUAAAGGGGAAAACCUUACGUUUGCGUUAAAGUGUUUUGACGCGUGUACCUGCUGUGCUCGUAUGCGACCAGGCCUGGUGAUUCAGUGUCACGGAUGACGGCCGUCCGCUACGUGUCGUCAGUCGCUCUGCAAGUGAACCCCGUUCUGGCGAUGUUCAGAAGCGACCCCGUGGCUCACCGCUCAUUGCUCACGCUGAUUGUCUAUGGGCCAGGCUUUAGGUCCAACCGUCCGGGCCACCUCUAGAGAUCUGUACACGUUUGGAUUGUAGUGUCAAUAUUGCUUUGUAACUGAUGUGGCCACAGCCAGCACGGUCCAGACAUGACCUCUCCCCACUGACCUCUUCUGUUACCACAUAACCGAGCCGAGCACGGGGUUAAGCCAAAACGUGAUAAACGGAAGGUUCUGUAACAGAGCAAUGAUGCAAUGAUGCAAUUCCAACCGUUAGUAGAGACCCAGAAUUGCCUUGACCAAGACAAUCGUGGCACAAGUGGAUAUUUGACCCCUGCUCGGCAUGAGGACUCCACAGUCGCAUGCGUGUGAGAGUCACCAGCGUGACCGGGACGUGCGCCGGUGUCGUUUGCUACAGCCUCAAAUGUGACUCGCCUUUUAAAUAAAAGAAUUCAGAAAA